AAGGAAUCAGGACAUCCGGAGGCAGGGACGGCCCGGAGACGGUGGAAUGGAGCAGAAGCCCCCCGAGAGGGGUUGGCGGGAUGAAUUCGCCCCGCUCCAGCCUGAGGAGGAAGGAAGUAGUUCCCUCCGCCCACCCUUUCCUUAGGCUGGUCCGGGGCAGGAUUCUCGUGAUCCGCGAUUCGCUCCCACGGGCGGGACCUUUGUAACUGCGGGAGGCCCAGGACAGGCCCAGCCUGCGGGGCGGGAGGCAGUCGGGGUGAGGGAGGUAGGGACGAACGGGUGGACUGACCACAGGCAGGGACAAGGGGGCUGAGACCCGGGGAGAGGCCUAGACGCCCGCCGACGGUUGGGGGGCUGCGGGCAGUGGGGGCGGAGACGGCCCGGGCCGGGGCGGGGCCUGGUACGGGGCGGGGCGGGCCGGGCCAGACCUGCUCCGAGGCUCCCAGUCGCAGCGGUGACCGCGGGAGGGUGGGGCGCCGGGUGAAGGAGCCAAGACGCAGAGAGGCCAAGCCCCUUGCCUUGGGUCACACAGCCAAAGGAGGCAGAGCCAGAACUCACAACCAGAUCCAGAGGCAACAGGGACAUGGCCACCUGGGACGAGAAGGCAGUCACCCGCAGGGCCAAGGUGGCUCCCGCUGAGAGGAUGAGCAAGUUCUUAAAGCACUUCACGGUCGUAGGGGACGACUACCAUGCCUGGAACAUCAACUACAAGAAAUGGGAGAAUGAAGAGGACGAGGAGGAGGAGGAACAGCCGCCACCCACACCAGCCUCGGGCGAGGAAGGCAGAGUUGCAGGCCCUGACGCUGCCCCUGCCCCUGGCCCCGCGCCCAGGGCCCCCCUUGACUUCAGGGGCACGUUGAGGAAACUGUUCAGCUCCCACAGGUUUCAGGUCAUCAUCAUCUGCUUGGUGGUUCUGGACACCCUCCUGGUGCUUGCUGAGCUCAUCCUGGACCUGAGGAUCAUCCAGCCCGACAAGAAAAACUAUGCCGCCAUGAUAUUCCACUACAUGAGCAUCGCCAUCUUGGCCCUUUUUAUGAUGGAGAUUACCUUUAAAUUAUUUGUCUUCCGCCUGGAGUUCUUUCACCACAAGUUUGAGAUCCUGGAUGCCGUCGUGGUGGUGGUCUCAUUCGUCCUCGACGUUGUCCUCCUGUUCCAGGAGCACGAGUUUGAGGCUCUGGGCCUGCUGAUUCUGCUUCGGCUGUGGCGGGUGGCCCGGAUCAUCAACGGGAUUAUCAUCUCAGUUAAGACACGUUCAGAACGGCAACUCUUAAGGUUAAAACAGAUGAAUGUACAAUUGGCCGCCAAGAUUCAACACCUUGAGUUCAGCUGCUCUGAGAAGGAACAAGAAAUUGAAAGACUUAACAAGCUAUUGCGACAGCAUGGACUUCUUGGUGAAGUGAACUAGACCCAGACCAGCUCCCCGCAGAGAAGACACUGCCUCAUGGGCCUGUGCUGUCAUGUGAGGAACAGCUGCCCCUCCUGGGCCACCUGGUGAGAGGUUUGGUUUGAUGCCUCUGCCUCCCUCCUGCCAGCAUGGAUUCUGGGUGGACACAGCCUUGUGGAAGGUCCAGUACCACCAAGAGCUGCCCAUCCAUUCCCACCCCACACUGUGUCAAAGGUAUCACAUUUUCUCAUGUUGAACACUUUAGCCUUGCUUGAAAAUGAGCAACAAAGCUGGACAAUUUCUAGUUGUAUAUAAAAUUUAGUCGCAUCGAAUGUACAGUUUUCAAAUUUCACAUGUAUAUUAAGGAAUUGAUGUAUCCUUUCAUAUGAGCAUUCUGAAAGAAAGAAAAAGAAGCUACUUUAGCUGCCACCCCAUUCUAGAAAAGUCUCUUAUUUUCAAGCUGUUCUAAAUAGCUUCCCUUGUCUCAGUUUCCCCAAAAGGGGUACCCAGGCCCCUCCUCUGUGUGCCCCAGCUGCAUCAGCCAGCUUUCUAGGUGGCUCCAUUGCGUUCUGCCACCUGAUAUUUUUCCUCAAUUACUGUACAAUUACUGUAUAAAAUAAACUCUCUCUUUCCCCUGGA